GCCAUGCGGCGGCUGCUGGCCAGCUUACUGCUGGCGGUGCUCCCUGCUGGGCCUUCCGCGCUCGCCCUGCCCCUCGCAGCGGCCACCGGGUGCGCUCGGGCCUCGCCGAGCUCCGCGGAAGGGGCCGGGGCGCCGGGCCCGCCCCGGGAGCCCUGCGGUCAGACGGCGGCUGUGAUACGUAUCCGCCAAGCCAUCUCAGAAUGUGUCAACAUGGUUUCUUCUGCCCAGUGUGGAGAGUACCCGAGGCGGCGGUGGGGAAUGGAGGGAGUCACGAACAAUAGUUUGUGGUGUGGUUACGAAAAGGCCAUUCAGCAGGCAAUAACAUUGCAGGAAAAUGAAAAAAAACCCAAAACAAACCCAUCCAAAACAAACAACCCCCAAACAACCCACCUCAUCUUUCCACCAGAAGAAACAAGCUCAUGUGAAACUUGGGAAAAUGUCUGCUGGCAAUAUUACUGCAUUGAAGUAACUACUUCUGAAGCAUAGUGUGAGUGCUGGCCUGUAGAAUUGGCACUAUUUGCCAGUGUAGAGCCCCUCGUAACACACUGCAGCAGAGUGGAAGAAUCGUGCUGAAUAUCCGGCCUAUAUUUUCCAGUGCAGACUAUUGAGAACUGAAUGUCUGAUAAGGCAGAAGGAAAAACAAGGAAUGCUGUAAUGCCAUUUCUCAUUGACUCACAUGGAUACACGAACACUGUAGAUCUUGUGCAUGAGCAGUUGUAAAACCACAGAUGAAUGAAUGCCUGGACUCUGUGGAAAUCAGGAGCCAUUUGUACACUGAUUACUUAGGAAAUAAAAAGUUAUUAAAGAUAAUCUUUGGCUUCAAAAAGAGAUGGGAUGUCUGGGAAUGACAGCAAUGCCCUUACCUCUGGCCACUCAAGAAAGUGAAGCCCCUCACCAGCUCUUGACCUCUGCAGCAUCAGACAAUCAGUGGAGCCAUUCGCUGUUUGCAUUGGUACCCUCAUGGACAAAGAAGAUUUUGUUCAAACGAGAGUCUUCUGUUAACCCCCACCAGAUUUUUCCCCUUCCUCCACAGACGAAAGAUGUGUCCAAUAUGUCAGUUUCUUCCGGAUUUGGAAUAACCCUUCAGAAAUGUGGUGUGGUGGAUGUUGAACAUGAUCCUCAAAUCGCGCACGUUACACUUCUGAUUAAUAACACCAACACAUUGCUCUCAACAAACAUUACAGAUCUUAUCCUCCUGGACAAUAUCACCGGUCUUCAUGUUCAAAACACCAGUGGUAAUAAGACCACAGAUGGUAUACAGAUUUAUAGCAAAGGAGUCUUGCAAGGUGGAGAAUACUUUGCAGUCAACUACUCUGCACUUCUUGAUGCAAAAGAAGUGUGGGAUGGCAGGGUCUUGAUGCUGCCUGCAAAGCUAACUUUCAAGAGUUCAUCACAGAAUAAAACACAUCUCGUAUCACUGACAACAUCGUUCACCAUCACUGAAGAAGAAAAGACUAAGAUUUCAUACAGUUAUGCUAUCCAUGCUUCAGGGUUCUUCAUUGCUUUUUUUGUUUCACUUGUACUGACAUGUGCUGUCUUUUUCAUCAUUUACCGAACCCAAGUAUUAAAAUGGACUUUCCGUGGUAAAAACCAGGAGAUGCAGCAUGAACUCAUCCAGAAUCACAAACUGGAGCAUUCUCAGUUUAAUUCAGGUGAUCUCUUUAGUGAAGAUAUAAUUAUGAACGACCAAAUCAUCGAUAUUCUGUCCUUUGAAGAACCUGGGAACAUGCUUCAGGCUUUAGAAGACUGGGAGGUUGCCAGCCUGACACGGACAGAUGCUGACCUGGAGGCAUAUCGAAUGCAGAUAUGUAAGGAAGUGAUUGCUAUGAUGAUGAAGAACAUGGUCUUAAGUCACAGCCUCUUUCCUCAUGUGGAGAAGAGGAUGAAUUCAAUUUUCAAAAAGCAGUUUCUUGCAAUGGAGAAGGAGAUUCGAGAGGAAUAUGAAAGGAAGAUGGUGGCUUUAACAGCUGAAUGUAAUCUGGAAACCAGGAAGAGAAUGGAGGCUCAAUGCCAAAAAGCGAGAGCUGCAAAUGAAGAGGCUGAGGAAUUAAUGAAGAAAAUGAAUGAAAAGCCUGCUGUAGAAUACAGAAGUCUUCUGGAUAGACUUCACUCACUGGAGCUGGACCACCUGAAAAGGUUCCUUCUGGUAAAGCAGGAGGAAUAUUUUGCGAAGGCUUAUAGAGAGCUGGCUGUUACCCAGAGAAAAGAGCUCCAUAAUAUCUUUUUUACACAGAUAACAAAUGCUGCUCUCAAGGGAGAGCUGAAGUUGGAAGCAGCUAAAACGUUAGUGGAAGGUUACUCUACAAUACAGGGAGACAUUGAAGAGCUAAUGGAUUUUUUGCAAGCUAGCAAGAAAUAUCAUCUGAAUAGAAGAUUUGCUUACAGAGAGUAUCUCAUAAAUAAGAUACGGUUAAGGGAUUCUCAAGCCUCUGCUCUUAUAAAUGCAGCAGCAGCCCAGAUACCAAGUCUCAUUAAUAAGAUGGAAAGAGCAGGUCAUCUACCUGAAAGUCAGUUGGGGAUGCUGCUGGACCGAGCUGAAGCUGAAAUUAAUUCUGUUAAACAGAAAUUCGAUCAUGAUUUAAAACAAGAAAAGCAAAAGCUUCGCCAGAAACUCAUUACCAGGCGAAGGCGGGAAGUGCUGCAAAAGCAGAAGGAGCAUCGGAAGGAGCAGCUGUCACUUGGAGACGCCUUCAAGACUACUAAGGAGGUCACUCACUACCUGGGCCACUGGAAAAAUCUUCUGAGUGACCACACCGUUGAAUGUGAAGAACUUACUGAAAAGCUUGACAAUGAGGCCAGUGAAGAGCUGAAAGAGCUUCUGUUUAGUCUAACAGAGAAAGCUGUUGAAGAGCUUAAACGCGUUCAGUGUGGAGUGUUUGUGCAAGAACUAGUAAAACUCAACGUGCCAAAGAUGUUCCUGCUAGAAGCUGUGGAGGAGCAUAAAAAAGAGAUUGUUGUUAAACGUGAGCAGCUUGAAAGGGAAGAGCAUGAAAAGAGUGCAGCCACUGAAGAGCUGCUUCAGCUCACCAGGCAGAAGCUAAGCCAGGAGCUGGAAACAAGCAUUUUGGAACAAAAAAAAUUAAGGAACUGGGAACAGUCAGUAUUCAUGCAGCUUCUAAGUUUACCCCUGUCACUGUCAGAAGAGGAAUUGCUUAGAAUGAGGCACGAGCUGCAUUGCUGCUUCUCUCAGGUGGACAGCAGCUUGGCUUGGCCCAAGAUAAGAGCGAGAACCUUGCUUCAGGCUUUCGAGUUGGAGCAGAGGGAUGCAGAGGUGCUGAAAGUCGAUCAGAAUUUAGCAGGGACCAGUAAACAGCCGCAUUCUAAAGUGAAAAAAAAUGGAUCCAGAAAUAGAAAUAAGAUGGAUAUUCUGAAGAAAUCUUUACAGGACAAAAUUUUCAUUUACGAAGACUCUGUGAAAGAUGAAAAUUUGAAUAAGAUUAAGUGCGAGUUGCUUCUUGAGAAAGAGUGUCAGCUGCGCGAUCUGGAAAAUAAACUCGGAGAGUAUAUUGCUUCUUUAGCCUUUCAAAAGACUGUUAAAAAAUCCAAAAUGUUGGAGCUGUGUACUGCUAUCAUAAGUGUGCAAGCUUUGCUCUUUGAACAACUGAGCAUGUCAAAAACCCUAUCAAAAUUGGAAUGUAUUCAGAUUUUAGAAGCACACAAUCCUGAGAUUGAAGAACUUGACAGGAAGCUGGAGUAUGAGAUGUUGCAUAAGGAGUCAGCUCAGCAGCAGCAGCAUCUAAUGAGUAGGCAGAGGUGUACUCUGGAUGGAUUGGGACUUUCAAAUGAAGCUGUGGAAACAAAUGCAGACAGACAGGUGACAGUUCUGCUAAGACAGGCUAUGAACAAAUGUGGGCAAUUUAUAAAUCUGCAUCAGCAAAGCUUGAGAGAUGAGCAAUGGAAUUGGGUGGUGCUUGAAGAUCUCCUGGAAAAUAUAGAAAUGGAUGCAUUUUUGGCACUUUAUAGUCAGGAGCUUCGGCUGGCAGGUUAUUUAGCUAAACUGACACGGGUACCAAUGAGGAUGUUGCACAGGGUCCUGAAUUUAUUGUUGCCCUCCAGCUCACAAAGUGAGAUUCUUUCUGUCCUCGACUCCAUCAGUAAAUACUCAGAUGGUGUUGCUGAAAAUGACAAUAAUGCAGACGAGUCUGGCAGCUGUAAGAAAAGGAGGAAUCAAGAGUUGUGGCAAGCACUGGAGAACAAAUUAAGGCAAGAUCUGAUAAACAGAAGUUUGGAAAAGUUCCCUUCUCUAAACAAGAGGAAAGAGAGUUUGACAAAGAAGAAACAACUUGCCCUCUUGGAAAAAGCACCAUUCAUUCAUCUUGGAUGUUCACCUACGCAUCCUGCUAUGGAACAGUCUGAUCCAUCUGUUCCUUUGAACACUGCAACUGCUGAAUCCAUAGAGCUAUUAGGCACAGGGGAGAAGGUAUUUUUGUUCCGUGGACUCAGUGAUCCAAUACUUCCUUUGCACAAUUCUCUGAGGAGAAAGAAAAAGAACUUUCUUAAUUCCAAAAAGGCUGCUCAUGCAAAUGUGGACUCAUGAGGGCAACUUCCCUUCAUAGUAUCAACUGGGAAAGAGGGAGUUAUUUAAAAUUCAGUAAAAUAAUGAGAAAGAAUGAAAUGUGCAGUUUAAAUAACACGUGCAUUGCUUUAAUCUCAUGUGUCUGACAUUGUAAAUAGCUGUAAUAUAGAAUGGCGCAGUUAGCAGUGUGCAUUGUGCAUUUUUUAUUCUUGUCAGUAUAUGAUGCAGUAGGUGAAAUAUGGGUGUUUUAUGACACACGAGGUGGCAGGCAGGACUCUUGUGUUCCUUUGGUACAUUUUGACCAUUUUUGCACUGAUUUUACUGUAGUUGUACCUUCAUAAUUUAUAUAGAAAAGUUAUUUAUUAUACAAAGUAAGUACUGAUUUACUAUUUUUUGUAUUUAUAUAUUCUUGUAAUAAGCUGUGGUAUAGCAGAUGACAUGAAGAGAUGAAGUGGAUGACCCACGAGUCCUCUCUUCUCUGACUGUUAUUCUAGCUAAUUUACUGUUUAAUGUGUUCUUAAUAGGCUUUGAAUGUUAUUUCUGCAGUCUCCGUUCUUCAGUGAUAGCUGGUAGUCCAGCUUUUCAGCAUAUACGUAUGUACUUGGCCUUAUAUCCUGGAGUAACUUCAGUUUUUCACUCUUUGUUUCUAAACUUGCUUCUGUUGAGCUGCAAAUGUGGCUACAGCUCAAAACUGUGUUAAAUAUUUGUAUCCUGUUGCAGUCUUUUUUUUUUUUUUUGGUGAACCAAGAUCAUCACACUUGCUUAGUAGAAAAGGGGAAAAUGUAAAUGGGCAUGUAAACCUUCACAAGCUUUUUUGAUUGCAGUGCUGCCAACUGUCACAAUUUUAGGUGGGUGUUUUUGAAGUUCUUAUUCCUGGAUUUCUCUAAAUCAAUGAGAAUAUCAUUUUACAUAUAAAAAAGUGAUGAUUUCUAAACCUUUCUGUUGACAGAAAGCAGCCUAUAGAUACAAACCCUAAAUACAGGAAAAGGCUAAUUAAAAGAAACAUAUAUAAUAUUUCAUUUUGAUCAAGCCUGUUUGGAGGGGAUUUUUGACUCUCUUGGAAUGCUAUGCUCUGAGGGUACUGUGAUCAUAUAUUUUGCAGUUUUUCAUGUAUGGAUUUUCUGUGUCUUUGUAUUAAUAGCAUGCCAAUUUCAUUUUAAAAAUUAAAAUGUUACAAUAUAUGUGUGUCUGCAGUUGGCAUCUAUUCCAAGUGGAAAAAACAUUUAUUUUUUUCCCACUUCUCUUGACAAGUUUAAAUAUUCAUCCCACAGUAAACAACAAGUAAUGUUUCAUAUCGCUAUUAGCAUUAGAAAAUGUAUGCAGUAAU